AUGGUUGGGAAACCUCGCAAGAGUCUAUCUGCCAGUGCCAGCGCCGAGACCAAAGCGCCACGCGGGAAGCGCAGUGCCAGCAUCAGUGAGCAGCAGGAGGCCAUCGAAACGACGGAGCCGCCCACGAAGAAGAUGGCAUUGAUGGAAGACAACGAAGAGCCGGGGCCAGAGCCGACGGGACAGCAAGUGGCUCGCUUAGAACUGAAGAUCCAGGAGUUGGACGCGGAGAACGAGCGACUGAAGGAGCAGGUGGAGAAACUGCAGAUGGAGCAAGCCGACUCGAAGCCCAAGAAGAAGGCAACAGCGAAGGCGCAGUCCAAGGUCAAGCCGGCGUCUGCCAGAGCUCAGUUCAAGAGGAAGUCGGCCAAGGCCAAGCCCGCGAAGGCGUAGACAGAGAGAAUCGACUUGGGGAUGACCCAGCCCUUUGUCGCCUGGGGUGAUGCACGCAGCUUGGAUGACGCGAGGUUCUCAUCCCCCAGUAGUUGUAUCCGUGCUACAUCCUUCGUCCAUAAUCGCUUUAAUCUUCACCUCGCGCUCGAUGAAUUGCGCUUGCACUCUGUGCUGGACCAAGUUGAAGCCUUUGUCCUGCGAUUCUU